GAGAGAACUGUCAAAUUUAAAGUGCUGUUUUCAUCGUUUUCAUUGGAUUGGAUGAGUAAUCAUUCUUUGUGAUUAGAAGUUUUAAAAAUUUACGUGAACUAGUUUUAAAAUCUUUAUCAAAAUGCACGGUCGUCUGAAAGUCCGCACCAGCGCUGAGGAAGCCGCUCGCAAGCAGAAGGAACGGGAGCAAAAGGCCAAAGCCUUCCGAGCCGGGAUGGGUAGGAUUCUGAUGAAAAAAGUGACCGACGAGUUGGACGACGAAAUGAUGCAACUGACCGGGAAGAUUCUGUCGGCAAAUCCGGAUGUGGCUACCCUGUGGAACCUCCGGCGGCGAUGCAUCCUGAAGGUCGCAGAAACGGAACCGGAGAACCAGAAGCAGUUCGACGAUGAUUUGAGAUUUACGGAAAUGUGCCUACAGGUGAAUCCCAAAUCGUACUGCGCUUGGCACCAUCGCUGCUGGUGCUUGGAAAACUGCCCCUCGCCCGAUUGGCAGAAGGAAGUCGAUUUAUGCACCAAAUAUCUAAAAUUGGAUGAAAGAAACUUUCAUUGCUGGGAUUACCGCCGAUAUGUGACGGAAAAGGCAGCAGUUCCUCCCAGCAAGGAGCUGGAAUUCUGCACCGAGAAGAUCCACAACAACUUUUCCAACUACUCAUCGUGGCACUACCGCAGCAAAUUGCUUCCGAUUCUGUACCCUAACAAGGAGGACCCGUCGCGUCCGAUCAGCGAGGAAAAACUUCUAGAAGAACUGGAAUUGGUGCUGACGGCGGCUUUUACCGAUCCUAACGAUAGUAGUGCAUGGUUCUAUCAACGAUGGCUACUGGGAUAUUCCCGACCCGAGUUAGAUGUGGCUGCGUUCAGGCUGGACGUUGGUCGGAAGCUGGCUGUGAUAUCGUUUACACGACCCGUAAAUUUGCGGAAUGAGAAAACAAAACUGCAUUUCGAUUUCGGUGAAGAGCUGGGAGAUGGGAAGAAAUGGAAACCUGCUUCGUCUGAGGACAGUUAUAGUGUUACAUGGCUUAAUGACGACUUCGAGUUUGUGUUACCGGAUCAAGCAACAUAUUCAAUGACUUUCACCGAUGAAGAUGGAAAAUCCUACACGUUAGAUGCCCAAAAACUAGACCAGAGUACGUUAAUAGCUAUUAAAAAACCUAAGUGUGGAUACGAGUUUGGUUCGGCCGUGCUGGAAGUGCUAAAAGCCCAACUGGCGAACUGCGAACAUCUGCUAGAAUACGAACCGGACAGCAAGUGGACCCUCCUUACGGCAGCUCUCCUCAUGAAGGCCAUUGAUCGGAGUGGGAACCAUGCGAAAAUCCUCCAAAACCUGGAUAAACUGCAAACGGUGGAUCCGAUGCGGAAGGGCUACUACCAGGACAUGUCGAACAAAUGGAGCAUGGAAAUCCGUCUGGAACGGUGGCUCGAUGGGGAGAAACCGUCGGAAAAGCUGGACUUGAGUGAACUCCAUCUGAAUCGGUUGGCCUACGAACAGUAUCUGGCGGUGGCGGAUGAGAUCGAUCUAACCGGGAACGAACUGCUGGAGGGGAGUUUAGUCAAAUUUUGCCAUUUUGUGUUUUGUCGGAAGCUUACGAUGACCAAGAAAGAAGGACUGCUAUCGGAAGCCGCUGAGGCGAAGGUGAAACAAAUUUGCGUAAGUUUGGACGAACUGAAACUAGUUGAAUAGGCUAUUGGAUAGGUACAUUCCCUUUUAGAUUAGAUAAUGGCGUGGGAGGAAUGGGAUAGUCAUCGAUGAGCUAUUUAUAUGCUUUUGCGCAAAUGCUAGCUGGCUAUGCUUAGCUAUACGAACACACAAGUUUGAUUUAUAUGCAAUUGAACAUGCUUUCAGUGA